AUUCUGAUAUAAUAUAUAAUGAAGUUCUUACUUUUGGUAGCCAUUAUUGCUAUUGUUGUGGGGGUUACCCACGCACAGGAAGAUCUGGAGAUUCCAGAAGGAGUCAUCAAGCAAACACUUAAUGGCCUUUAUGCACAGAACCCAGGAUUCUUUGAAUCCUUCAGACAAAACUUCUUCGGAUUCCAAAGAGAUGCCUGGAAUGGGAUGAUCAAUGGGUUCAAUGAAUGGGGCGAGUAUAGGUUAAAGAAUUCUUGCAUGGGGAGUAAAUUCCAAGAUUUCUAUAUUGCAGGAGUUAUGAAAUUUAUCUUCAAGGUUCUUACUGGGCAAUACCUCAACGUCCUACAGAUUUUCUAUGAUGGAUCGAGAGCUUAUAAUUUUAUUCAUGCAGAGCUUAAAAACUGCUACGGUAAAGAAGUCCUGGCAGCUUAUGAAACAUUUUGGCUAAGAACACCAAUUCAUAUAUCAGUUGCUGCUAUUGUAAUGCAUUUGGCAAAUGAGGGUGAUGCUCUCAUCCCCCAGGUCAUCAUAUUCGUUACAAACUUUGUUCUGAUGGAUUACUUCCUCGCCUUCAGAGUACUUGGAGAUCAAUUCAAAGGAAUCUAUGCCCAGUUUAAAGCUAUUGAUUUCUAA